AUGAGCAGUGGAGGAAGCUCAUGGGGUGGCCAAACAGAACGAGCGAGAUGGCCGCCCUUGACGCGGAUGUUGAUGACAGGAGAGAUGAGUGGAGAGCCGCCACGGGAUUUAACUUUGAAGGAGAAAUUUGAUCGAUGGAUGGUUAACGAAGGGUGGAGAAGACUAUUCGUCUUGGUUUUCAUCGUCUCCCAUUUUAUGAUAUUUGUGUUUGGAUUUCUAAAUUACCAACUAAAGGACAAUCUUAAUGGAGCGAGAGGGAUCUUUGGUCCUACUUUUGCUAUUGCUCGGUCAUCUGCUCUUGUUCUGCAUUUCGAUGUUGCCCUAGUUCUCUUCCCUGUCUGUCGGACCCUCAUAUCACUUGCCAGACAGACUCCGUUGAACGGUAUUAUUCAGUUUGAUAAGAACAUCACAUUUCACAAACUUGUGGGCUGGUCUAUCUUUAUCUUCUCAUGGGUCCAUACAAUCGCCCACUGGAAUAAUUUCGCCCAACUUGCUGCAAAACAAAACCUAGGCUUUAAGGGAUUUAUCCUUGCCAAUGUGGCCAGCGGCCCUGGCUGGUCAGGUUAUGUUAUGCUCAUUGCCCUCACAGCCAUGGUCUUAACGGCGAUGGAGAAACCACGCCGGGCAAAUUUCGAGCGAUUCUGGUACACACACCACCUUUUUGUCAUAUUCUUCGUUUUCUGGGCCGUGCAUGGUGCAUUCUGCAUGAUCAAGCCGGAUUUCCCGCCUUUUUGCAACGGCAUAGGCGUAUUCUGGCUCUUUUGGAUGUACGGGGGAGCGGUAUACCUCCUCGAGCGUAUCAUGCGAGAAAUCCGUGGACGGCACAGGACGUAUAUUUCGAAGGUUAUCCAGCAUCCGAGUAACGUCUGCGAAAUUCAGAUCAAGAAGGAGAAGACGAAAACUAGAGCCGGCCAGUACAUCUUCUUAUGCUGCCCGGAAGUAUCUGUGUGGCAAUAUCACCCUUUCACUCUCACAAGUGCCCCUGAAGAGAACUAUAUCUCAGUCCAUAUCCGAUGUGUCGGGAAUUUUACCAAAGCGCUCGCGAAGUCUCUCGGUUGCGAUUUUGAAAACAAGGGUGGAGAAAAGGCCAAGGCGGGCGUCUUAUCAGUUGUAGGUGUUGAUAAACAAAUUGCCGACGACGAUGUCGAUCCCAAAAUACGCCGCAUUUUACCUAGAGUGUACAUAGACGGCCCAUUCGGAAGCGCGUCUGAAGAUGUAUUCAAGUACGAGAUCGCAGUUCUUGUGGGAGCGGGUAUUGGUGUCACACCCUUCGCUUCGAUCCUGAAGAGCAUCUGGUACCGCAUGAACUACCCACAGAAGAAGACCAGGCUCCGCAAGGUAUAUUUCUUCUGGGUGUGCAGAGAUUUUGGCUCUUUCGAGUGGUUCCGUUCUCUGCUGCUAGCCAUCGAAGCGCAGGACAUGGCUAAUCAUAUUGAAAUCCAUACCUAUCUCACUGCCCGCAUUAAAGUCGACGACGCCACGAAUAUUAUGAUAAACGAUGCAAAUGCAGAGCAAGAUACCAUCACGGGUCUGCGGGCGCCGACAAACUUUGGCCGUCCGAACUGGGACAUGGUUUUCCGGUCGAUUCGCAAGAUCCAUGCCCCAGCUGAGGCGGGCGUGUUCUUCUGCGGCCCUAAGCCCCUAGGUAGCGCGCUUCAUGUGAAGUGCAAUAUGUAUUCCGAACCUGGAUUCAACUUCGUAUGGGGCAAGGAGAAUUUCUAG